GGAUAGCCUAUCGGAGAGCACCGGCUUGUUACGGCCUCCAAAUUACUCGUUUUAAAUCACUUUAAAGGGGGAGUAUUUACCCACAUGUGCACAUGUUUUACAAUUAAUAAUUUCUGCAUCUAUAGACACCUGACAAGGUGAGAUAUUACGAGAGAUAUAUGUUAUUUGUGCCGCUGAAAUUUCAAAGGAUCAUCACCUCUAUUCUUUGUCUAAAGUGCUAAUGGAUAGAGGUUUUACACAAAGAAGAUAAAAGAAACCAAAAGUCGGUCAUGAAGACCAGCCUAGUAAAAAGUGGGCAUAUCUAACCAUAUUGCCAGAAGAAUAAUUGAAAUCAGUUCUGAAACUUCAUCUGAGAAGAACAUUUAGGUGAUACAAGUCAGGCUAUAAGGUUGUCAGCCUUUGUAGCAGAACUUGGAUCCAAAAGUUGGUGGAGUUUAACCUCUACUUAUGCAUCACAUGGACAAAAAGAAAACACUGCAGCCAGUGAAGAGACCAAGACUUGAAGCACCAAACAGUAUGUAUAACAGAGACGGAAAUUUCAACCAAAAGCCUAUGUCUGUGUCCAUUCGUGGACCAAUCCCCAAUGGACCUAUGCAUCCACGUCCAUUGAUAGCUUUACUUGAUGGAAGGGACUGUUCUAUUGAAAUGCCCAUUCUGAAAGAUGUGGCAACAGUGGCUUUCUGUGAUGCUCAGUCUACACAAGAAAUACAUGAAAAAGUAUUAAAUGAAGCUGUAGGAGCUUUAAUGUGGCAUACCAUAACCCUUGCAAAAGAAGAUUUAGAGAAGUUUAAGAAUCUGCGAGUUAUUGUUCGUAUUGGGAGUGGAUACGACAACGUAGAUGUCAAAGCUGCUGGAGAACUUGGUAUUGCUGUGUGUAAUGUACCUGGCUAUGGAGUAGAGGAAGUGGCUGAUUCAACAAUAUGCUUGAUUUUAAAUUUAUAUAGACGGACAUAUUGGUUAGCAAAUAUGGUACGAGAAGGUAAAAAAGUUAAUGGACCAGAGCAAUUAAGGGAAGCAGCACAAGGAUCGGCCAGAAUUCGAGGAGAUACACUUGGAAUUGUUGGGUUAGGUCGUGUUGGAUCUGCAGUGGCUCUAAGAGCUAAGGCUUUUGGCUUUAAUGUAAUAUUUUAUGACCCAUAUCUUCAGGAUGGUGUUGAAAAAUCAUUAGGUAUCACAAGAGUGUACACUCUUCAGGACUUAUUAUUUCAAAGUGACUGUGUUAGUUUGCAUUGUAAUCUUAAUGAACACAACCAUCAUUUAAUAAAUGACUUCACAAUUAAACAGAUGAGACCAGGUGCAUUUCUGAUAAACACAGCACGAGGUGGUCUGGUCGAUGAACAUGCUUUAGCUGCAGCAUUGAAAGAUUCAAGGAUAAGAGCAGCUGCUUUAGACGUCCAUGAAAGUGAGCCAUUCAGUUUAUCAAAUAGUCCACUCAAGGAUUGUCCAAAUCUCAUAUGUACACCUCAUUCAGCAUUCUACAGUGAACAAAGUGUGACCGAGUUACGGGAAAUGGCAGCAGGGGAGAUAAGAAGGGCAGUAGUAGGUCGCAUUCCAGACAGUCUACGCAACUGUGUUAACAAAGAAUACUUUACCUCAAAUUCUGUGAGACCACCUUAUGGUUUUGUUGGCUAUCCUGAAGGAAUGAAUGGGGCCGGUUACCCAUUCCCUAACCCUGCAGCAGCUGCCGCGGCUGCUGCAGCCUCUGGCAUGGGAGUAGCCACAGCUUUGGAUGCCCAUCAGUCAGUUCCUCACAGCGCCCCUCAUUCACAACAGCCACAUAGUACAUUAUCAGAAUCAGCAGCGCUUCAUCUUGGCAAAGAAAGUACCGAUGUUCAUUAAGACAUUAGACAGUGAGUGAGGAAAAAAACUGUGGCAUUCCAACAUUGUUACUGGCUUGCUGAAUCUCUGUACUUAAUAUCAGCAUUAUGAUUGAUUAUAAUCAUGAUGUAUACUCGUGGAGACAAAUCCACGACAUAAAAAUUGUUUUCUGUCCACAACUGUUAAUCAUGUAUAUGUGUUAUAAAUGAGGUAUGAAUGUUGAUGCAUUGUUAGUAUUGGGCAGUGCUCAUUGUGUAUAUUCAUGUGAUCAUGUGAUCAUUUCAUCAUGUAUGUAAUCAGAUUGAUUCAUUGCAUAACAUCGUCAUUUAGAAUAAGCUUUAUCAACAUUUUUUUCUUCAGAAUCAUAGAACUGUUCAAGACCAUGAAUUUAAUUGAUUUUUUGAUGCGAAUGAUAUAUAUUCAAUGAGUAUUUUUGUGAUAUAUUGUGAGAACAAAAAGAACAUGCAGCAUGAUUUAUUUUUGUAGAGAUAAUCAAAUGUAUCAAGAAGUAUGCAGAUUUAGAUAUUUAAUGUCUAUAUGUAUUAUACAGGAAAGGUUUUCUCAUUCUAAAGACAACUCAUAUUUUUAAAAUAUGAGUUUUACAUUGACUGGGGGAUAAUUUUCAAAAAAUGAAAAAAAAUGAAUUCAUUUUGAAUUAUUUCAAUGUGUAAAAUGAUUUUGGUUUUCCUGUAUAAUUUGGGCAGACAUUUUACUGGUUGUUGCUAGACUGAGGAUACUAAACCUGUUAAGUUGAUAGUGCUUUUUAUAGGCUAGAGCUAUUACAUGAAUACAGUUUUAUGUAAGAUUUUGCGUUGGGAACAGAACUUUAAAAACUUUGUUCUUGAAUUAAGGGACCACAUUAUUUACACAGAACAGUUGUCAAUUAUAAAAGAUCUGUAUUGUAGAUGAAUAUACAGUAAGGGGUAAACUAUUUGUAAGAUUUUUCCCAUUUUUUUUUAAUAUAAUGACCUAUAUAUUGUUUUACAAAUUAGGUUGGGAAAAAUUUGGUCAUACAUUUUGAGCAAAUUAAGAUAUUGAUAAUAGAGUAGUAUUAAGUAAAACACUAUAAUUUCCAUUCAAAUUUCUUGAUUCCUUGACCUUUAAAGGAUUGAAGCAGGAAAAAUAAAAUGUCCUUUAUAUUAGGAUUUUUUGUUCUUGUUGCAGAAAUAUUAGAUGCCUUAGUAUUGAGUUCAUCUUUUAUUUUAUAGAAUUAACCUUUUUUCCAUCAACAAGAAUCGGUUAACAAAUCACAAGAAAUAAGUCUUCUUAGCUGUCCAAUUGUUUAUGUAAUACAAACAUUAUUCCUGUACUUUGCAGUAACAGAGGCGGAUUUAGGGAGGGACCCAGGGGGCCCGGGCCCCCCUUUUUGAGAAAAAAAUUGGUUGCUUAUAUAGGAAAUCACUGAAGCGUGACUGGAGCCCCUCUUAGGUCAGUCAGUGGGCCCCCACUUAUGAAAAUUUCUGGAUCCGCCACUGAAUAAUCCAGGAUAGUAUAUUUGUCUCUGCUAUAUUCCAAUGUUGUCUGCUAGGGUAUUUUUUAAAACAAUUCUUUGUAUAUCUGUCUUAAGGAAGGGUUGGAAUAUGCAAUUAAAAGUUGAUAAGCUUUAAGAAGAAAAAGUUUUUUCAGCAGUACACAGAAAAACCUAUUAUAACUUUAUGCUUCUUGUGAUGUGACCAAUUAAUUAUAAUUGUUGUUCAAUAUUUUUUCAUAUGAUUUAUAAACAUGUACUUUGAUGGAAUUUUAUAAGCAUAUUGGAUUUUUUUUUAGAAAUCUCUGUAAAAUAUCUUUUUUUUGGGAAAGUCAGUUGUCUAUUUUCCCACAAUAAACCAUUACAGAAAGUAAGAUCAGUGUAUUCCCUUGACUGUGUCUUUUAAACUGUGCAGCAAACUUUGCAAUGGAAUCAGAAAAUUAGGAUUGAGAAAAUAUUGCAAAUUCCACAUUAAUCCUUUAUUUCAAGAUGUUUAUACUUGAUAUAAGCCACAGAAUAUGCUAUUAAAUGAAUUAAGGCUGUUUAGAUAGAAACUGUUUCUGGUCUAUUUAAAGUUUGUUUUUUGUAUAUUUUUUCAAUCAGUGUUAUAGAUGUAUAUUUUAUAUUCUUGGAAAAUUUUGGUCGGUAAGUCAUGUUAAUGAGUAAUGGUCAGUUUUAAUUUGAAAAAAAGGAAAGCUGUUGUUUUUAUAUAACAUGUAGGAAAAAUAUAAAGAAUAAACUUCAAGAUAAAGGUUGUUUUGAUUUUUUUUAUCACUUGUAAAUCAAUAUUGAAUAGUGCUAUACAUUUCUUGAUUUCCACAAAUGUAUUCGAGAAAUCAGUUGGCAAGUCAUGUACAAUAUUUUUAGAUGGAUUUUUAAUUAGAAAGUCCAUCACAAACUAUACAAGAAUUGUGAAAAACUCAUAUGGGAACUUACAAAAAUAUAAAAUCCAAUUUAGUGCUUGGAACAUCUGAUUAUUUUAAAGUAUUUUCUUUGUUGUUAGAUUCAAAAGUGUUCUGAAACUAUGCAUAAGAAAUAUAGAAUAAUAGUUAGUUGAGUUUUUGAUACUGACUUUAUCAUGUGGAAUAUCUAGAUGAGCAUGUUAGGGCUAGUUAAGAUAUUACACAUGAUAUAGUCAGUAUCACAAACAAAACUACCUAUUGUUCUGUUUAUCGGUAAUUAUGACGUCUCAAAAUGUAUUGCCUAAUAAUUUUAGUGAUACAGCCAGUAUGCUGAUACUCAAAAAUAUUAGGCAGUAAGAUCAAAUUACCAAUAACUCUAAUUACACAACUAAACUACUUUAAUUGUAUUUUGAAGGAGAACAAUUCUCUUAAUACAGAAAUGUCACAAUGUUUUGUUUAAUAUCUUUUUCCCAUUUUUAUGCACUAAAUGAUCAUAUCAUUUCAGUAAAUCAACUUUCAUCAUCAAGCCAAAAUUGGGAUAUUUUUCUGUGGAAAAUUACAUGUACAUUAUAUAUAUAGUGCUUGGUCAGUUUGGUGGCAACAUUUAGAAUGUUGUCACAUUAAUACACUAUCUACAUGCAUACGUCACCAGAGCUUUCAUUUAUAUGUUGAGGUUUUUACACUAUCAGCUUGCUGAAUGCUUUCAUUUCUAUUUUAUAUAACGUUUCUUAUCAGUGGUUGGUUAUCUGCUUCAUAAGUUUUUUUACGAUUUCAAAAAUUGGUAGUGUGACUCUAAAUUGAAUACUGUGGAUUCAUCAUUAUUUGUGUGAUACCUUUUUUUGUGUUCAAGAAAAGACAAACAUAUGUUAUAGAGGCUUGUAUAAGGACUUUAGCAAAACCACUAAAUCAAAUACCCAUAAAAUUGCAAUUUUCCUCAAUCCAUGAAAAAUUGGUACACACGAAUCCACAGUAAUACAAAUAGACGACUAUAGCUUGGUUAACAGUAGAGAAUUGAGUUAAUUUGAAGCAUUACAAGUAACUUUACAGUUCAAAUCCAUAUGAUAUAAAAUUAAAGAUAUGUAGUUAGAUUGUCAAUGAGACAAAUUUCCACCAAGUUCAAAUGAAGUGGAUCUGAACAAGUCUUAAAGAUGAAAGAAAAGAGACAAUUUAAAAAAAAAAUUAUAUUGAAUUAGACAAAAUCUCAUUUGAUUUAUGUGUGAAAUUUAAUUUUUUAAAACAUCACAGUGUAUAAGACUGAAUGUUUUGACCUCUCUCUUUUCUCAAUUAUCAACUGUUUUUCAAAUUAUUUUUUUUAGGUAUUCACAAAUAUUUAGAAUUUCAGCUGUCAUACUUCAAAUUUUUGACAUACAAUUAUAUGAGGUUACAGCUUAAAGACAAUAAAAACCACCACUCAACAAAUACAAAAAGAUUUUUUUAAUAACUGUCAUUUAGUUUAUUGAUAUGUUCCAAACUGACCAGGUUAAUAUUGCUUUUGUUUUGAUGUUGUAAUUCACUGUAGAUAUUUGUACAUUAUUGAUCUUCCACAGAAUUUUACCAAUUAAAACUUUUGCAGAAAAUGUG